UGAAGUUCAAAGCCGUCAGAUAUACACGGCUCAUACCUUGUCACCUGAAAAAAACGCAGAUUUACCAGUAGUACCGUACCAGCAUAGGUAAUAACCAAACCCUCGUACUUAAUCUAAUUCUCGUUUGUUCAGUUAAACGCACCCCUCCCAUAAACCACCUUAUCUAGCUUUUUCUCUCCCCCUCUCUUUCGGGAAAGAAGAAGAAACGUGAGAAUGAUGAACAAGCCUUUGAAGUCGAAAAAGCAUGAUCAUUAUCUCUCCAUGUACAGAUCUAACACGAAAAGACCGCUACAGGACUAUUCGGUGUUUACUUCCACCCAUCUUUCUCCGAACUCGUCGCAGAAGGACUUGUCGUCCUCUUCUCCGUGUGGCUCAGCUUCUGCUUCCACUUCCACUUCGGAACCUCGUUCCCUGAAAACGCUCAAUCCAACUUGCAUCUUAAACAAACACAUUAUACAGAACAUAGAGAAGAACAGCAUCAAAAAAAUAGACUUCUCCGAUAACAAUAACACUAACCACAACAGUGGUGUUGAUAUUGCGAUCAACAAUGGCACGGGCAGCACCAAAGACGGCUUCCACAAUUUUCACGCUAGGCUGACCGAUUCCUUCUUGAAUGACGUCCAGCACAAGCCAGCCAACGACUUCUACAAUCCGGACCUACUGAUACCAAACCCAAUUCACUACCAGGAGUAUCUUUAUAUGAAUGAAAACGGUUACGACCAACAUCUGUACAAACCAGAGGAUUCUUUAUACACGUCAGGCUUCCAAAAUGAUACAUUUGAUUCAACAAGCUUUGAAUUGGACUCAAACGUUUCCCCCCAGUCAGUCAGCAAUGAAAACAUCAACCCAAUCUUUUUCCACAAUACCCCGUCUCCAUCGGACUCCAAUUCCAUCAGGAUCGUUACCGCUUCUAACAGGAUAAUCAAGUUGAAGGACAAGAAAUUGUUGCAGGCAAUUCAGAAAAGUUUGAACUCUAACGUACGCAUGGAAGCUUUGAAUCCAAACAGGGGAAACAUUGUUAACCCUAACGACAAAUGUUGCGACAGAUACAACAAAUCUUCCGUUGGCUUCAAAAAAUUGAAUGAUAACCAGGCCGCAACAAACUCAAUUUUAUCAUCGCCAAGAAAAGAGAUCAAUGAAUCUUUGAAUAACGCAAUCUUACAGGCAAGUAAUUUUCCUGUUAAAAGUAAGUUCUUAAAUCCUUCAAUUAACCAAAAUAGCAUAAACAACGUGACCUCUAAUGAAGUUUCCAAUGGAAAUGUAUACAGAGGUUGGCAAAAUUCAAUGAAUGAACAUUAUGCUGUAAAACCAAAUGAGCCUCUUUCUUUCAGAUCCAAUUUUGAUCCUGAAACAAAUUCCAAUCCAGAUUCCGAGAGAGAAUGUUCCAGUAGUAAUGCAACCCACAGCAAUAGCACUGGUAAUGGCAAUAGCAAUAGCAUUAGCAAUAGUAAUAGCAACAACAAUAGCACUGAUUUAGCAAGCAAGAAAAUUACCCACUCAAAUAACAUAAAUAUUGACAGCAAAACCUACCUGCUUCCACAAGCUGAAGGGCAGCAAGAUGAAAAGAUACACAAGGCUCAACAUUCGAAGCAGAUUUUGAGCAUCAAAAGGGAAAUAAAGUGGAAGAAUGAUUUUCAAAUCCCUAAACUUAGAUCCAGACAAGGAGAUUCAACUGUAAGUAACAGCAAAAAUCUCAAUUUAGAAAUGGUGAAAGAAAAUGCACACAAUGGAGGGUAUGAUGUCGAAGAUUAUGGUGAUGGAAGAGACGAGGAUUUUGAUGAUGAUAAACUUGACGGUCAACCGAAAAACAAGGAUGUUGUAAUGGAAAUAUUUCGUGAAUCAAUGAGGAAAAAUAAAGACAAUUUUCUCAAGACUAAACCACGAGAUAAGAGCAAUACUCCAAUUCCUAAAAUCACAAAGCUUAAAGUAACUAGAUGCAUUCCAAAGUUAGGAGAUCCUACAUUACGGGCAAGCAUGUACGAAGAAAAAGAUAUUUUCAGAUGCGCUCAGUGCCCAAAAGUUUUCAAGCAAAGAUCACAAUGGAAGCGUCAUGUAGACUGCAUCCAUUUGAAGAUCGCAAAGUUCGUUUGCAUCAAAUGUGGGAAAGCUUUCAAAAGAUCUGAUCAUUUGAAAAACCAUAUUAGACGCAUCCACGGAACAUGAUUAGUAAAAGUACUGCAAUUGCACAGCAGAGAGUGCAGUAGUGACUAACUGCAUCAUAGUUCCUUCUUCAGCAAGUUCCUCACCAUUUGGUUAGAUGUCUUGACCGUGAAAUAUAACACAUAGCUUUCUAUACUCUUACUUUGUAGAUAUCUAGAGAAAAAGACGCAGAAG